AUUUACAUUAACAUAAAAAAAAUUAUAACUUAUUCUUCAGAACUCGGACUUCCAUCUGUUGUUGCAUUCAUGUAAUGCUCCGAUUCGAGUUGGUACGAAGCCUCUUGAGCUCGACGUCUUGCCAAGAGCCAAUCUUGGUUGCAAACCAGUGUUUCAAGAGAUUCAGCGCUAAGACAACUUGAUAGUCGGUUAGAAUGUUGCCGCCAGCACUGAAUUCUCGUUCAACUGCUACGGUUGAUACCGGAACGGAUAACACUUGUCUUGCUAGCAUGCCGAGACAUGGGAACAUGUGUUCGUUCCGCUUCCACCAUCCGAGCACGUCAAAAUCCACUUCGUCCUCAUCAUGUCUUGAAAAGCCAAGCGAGGAGUUAAACGGAGGGUGGAUACAUGUGUGAUGCUAAUGAAUUAAGCAGAUCACAUAAGAAGAUCACAUAAGCAUCUCCGUUUUCAGUUCCAUCUGUCCAUGGCCGCUAGGUGAUUUGAUCAUCUUUUUCCAUCAUCUCCGAUGGAGCCAAAAUUUCACCAUUUUUUGGCUUUGGGGUGUGAUGGAAUAAAUCAAAAUGGAUCUCUAAACUGUCUGCGCUUCUUUAAUUAAUGAAGUAGCAGUUAGUCAAGCAAUGCAACUUUCGACGUUGAGCCGGGGGUCUCUUUGGAAACAGCCUCUCUACUUUCGAGUAGGGG